UGCCAGGAACUGGCCUGGCUACUGUUCCUGCUGCCGCUGGUGGCGCGGCGGGCUGAGGAGGUCCGUGGCGGGCAAGGCGGCGGAGGCUCAGGGAUCCCGAGGGUGAAGCUGAUGCCUUGCGGUGCCGAGCGCUGCUGCUCGUGGCUGAGUCUUCCCCGCCUGGCUGGGGAUGCUGAGUAAAGGGACGCUGCUGCGCGUGCUGUCUGCCAUCAAUAGGAGACGGAGGAUGAAGCUGUUGAUGGGGCUCGCUCUGGUCGCCUAUGUCGUCUCUGUAUGGGGAAAUGUGCUCAACAUGAGGUUUAUCCAGGAUAAUGGGGAUCAAAAAGUAGAAAAUAAAAUUGAAGAGGUUAUUGCACCUCUAAGGGAAAAGAUCCGAGAAUUAGAGAAAAGUUUUACUCAGAAGUACCCACCAGUGAAGUUCUUAUCUGAAAAGGACCGUAAAAGAAUUUUGAUAACUGGAGGAGCAGGGUUUGUGGGUUCUCAUCUUACUGACAAACUAAUGAUGGAUGGCCAUGAAGUUACAGUUGUGGACAACUUCUUUACGGGCAGGAAAAGAAACGUGGAACACUGGAUUGGCCAUGAGAACUUUGAACUGAUUAAUCAUGAUGUCGUAGAGCCCCUGUACAUUGAAGUGGACCAGAUUUAUCACUUAGCUUCUCCAGCUUCUCCUCCAAAUUAUAUGUAUAAUCCCAUAAAGACAUUAAAGACAAACACAAUUGGAACAUUAAAUAUGUUAGGUUUAGCAAAACGUGUUGGAGCCCGUCUUCUCCUUGCAUCCACUUCUGAAGUGUAUGGAGAUCCUGAAGUUCACCCACAAAAUGAAGAUUACUGGGGUCAUGUGAAUCCUAUUGGACCUAGAGCAUGUUAUGAUGAAGGAAAGAGAGUUGCUGAAACCAUGUGCUAUGCCUAUAUGAAGCAGGAAGGUGUUGAAGUAAGAGUUGCCCGAAUCUUCAAUACAUUUGGUCCCCGGAUGCACAUGAAUGAUGGCAGAGUUGUUAGUAACUUUAUCUUGCAAGCUCUUCAAGGAGAACCCUUAACUGUAUAUGGGCCUGGCACUCAAACCAGAGCAUUCCAGUAUGUCAGUGACCUUGUGAAUGGGCUCGUGGCCUUAAUGAAUAGCAACGUUAGCAGUCCUGUUAACUUGGGGAAUCCAGAGGAACAUUCUAUUCUAGAAUUUGCCCAGUUAAUUAAAAAGCUUGUGGGCAGUGGAAGUGAAAUCCAGUUUCUGUCAGAAGCCCAAGAUGAUCCUCAAAAAAGGAAGCCAGAUAUCAAGAAAGCCAAAUUAUUGCUUGGUUGGGAACCUGUGGUUCCAUUGGAAGAAGGUUUAAAUAAAGCAAUUCAUUAUUUUCGGAAAGAACUGGAAUAUCAAGCAAAUAACCAAUAUAUUCCUAAACCAAAACCUGCUAGGAUAAAAAAAGGAAGAAGCAGACAUAACUAAAAAUUCAAUUGGACAAGAAAUGACAUUUCUUACCUUGAAUUUGAGAAGAUGUCAUAUGUCUUUUGGUAAAGACUUCAGAACAGGUAUCAUGAAGAAAAAAAAAACUGGAAUUUCACUCUGAAGCUUGCUUUAAAGAAGUGGAUGUGCCUCAACAAGAAAACUGCAGUUCUUGCCUUGCACUUUUUAAAUCUGUCUUUUUAUGUAAAAUAGAUGCAUCCUUUUUUAGUAUCUUCAGGUUUUAUAUCUUGCUGUGAGAUCAUUUGUUAUAACUGUCCUUGACAGUUUUAUUUACUGGUUUCUUUGUGAAGCUGCGCAUAAGAUAAGGGCAGAAUUGCCAAUUUAUUUAUAAAAUGGGUACUUUAAAUGAGAGAGACUAUGCAUAAAGGAAAAAAAAGUAGCAGUAUUGUCAGAUGACAAACACUGGCAUUUAGAAAAUAUCUGUACAAGAGUUUUAUGUAUUCCUUAAACCCCUUCCCCUCCCACACCCAACAUUUAGUUCUAGUUGCACACUUGAAUUUGAACUAUUUCCACUGAUAAAUGCUAUUUUAAAUCACUACUGUAUUGUGCAUACUCUGGGCAAAAGUUAAUGUAUUAUUGGCUACCAGUGGUUGAAUAUGCUAUUUUAAUAAAACACUGAACCUUACAGAUUUAAGUAAAAGAAAA